UUGUUAAUAGAAAGUGGUUAUAAAUUAAUAGAAUUAAGAAAUCUGUAUUUAAAAUGAAUAAAACACCAGUAUCUAUUUUACAAGAAAUGAUGGUAAAAAAUAAGAUAACACCUAAUUAUGAACUUAUACAUGAUGGAGGAGGUACACAUAUGAAUGUUUUUGCGUAUCGAGUAAAAUGUGAUGAUCUUACUGCUUCUGGUAUUGGACGUUCUAAGAAAGAUGCAAAACAUGAAGCUGCAAAAGCAAUGCUAGAAAUUAUUGCAACACAUAGAGGUUAUUUACAAUUACCAGCAUCACCUGCUCAAUCACCUGUGAGAACACCUUUACCACCAACAAUUCCUGAAAUACCAAGAAUUCCACCAGAUGUACCAUUUGUUAAUGCAGUUGGUGCUUUACAAGAUUUAUGUGCUGAAAACAAUUUACAAGAUCCUAAGUAUCAGCAAAUUAGUGAUAUUGGACCUCCACAUGCAAAGAUUUUUACUAUUGAAUGUGAAGUAGCAACUUUUAAAGAAAUUGGUGUUGCAAAAACGAAAAAGCAAGCUAAGCAAGAAGCUGCUAAAAAAAUGUUAGAUAAACUAACUGAUUUAGUACCUGAUUUAAGUGAUAUGAUUGACAAAGAAAAACAAAAUAUUGAUCAGAAAAUGGAUGAUUCUAACAAAAUUGCUAAGGCUCAAUAUACUAAACUUUCAAAAUUACCUACAGCUAAAAAAAUUAAUUUAGGUGUUAAGUUAUCAGAAUAUCAUAUUCAAUUUAAGUCUCAAUAUGAUGAUGAAAAACGUAAAGAAAUAAUUGAAAGAAUUUUAUCUGUUAUCCCAUCAAAUCAAAGUCAUGCUUCGGAGGAAUGUAUAGAACAUUUAAUAAAAAAAUUUGAAGAUAUAUUGAUAGAUAUUGGUUUAGAUUUUACAUCUCUAUGUAUUCCAUCUUCAGAAAAUAUCAUCAUAGCUAUGAGAAUAAAUACAUGUCCUAGUAUUGUAGAACUUGCUUUAGGAGAAACAAAAAGUGAAACUGAAUUACGUGCAUUACAAAAAAUGAUAGACACUAUAGUAAAUUUUUUGACAUAGUAGAAUUACU